AUGGCGAUAAGACAUUUUAGAAAACAUAUUGAUAGUCAUGAUAGCAAUGAGGACUCUCUUGUUGAGCAGAUGACCGAUGAUAUGGUGCAGCCGGAAACUGAAAGACCGCAUGUUACGGCUACCACAUCCUUGAACAAAAGAACUAACGAAGAUAGCUCCAGUGAAGAAGAAGAAGAAUAUUCCGAUUCUUCUGAAAGCAGUGACAGUGACUCUGAGAUAAUAUUGCAUAGACCUGUAUUUUUGAAGAAGAAGGAAGCUUCUAGUAACGUCGUUAAGAAGCCAAAAACUACUAGUGGUGAUAAGCUUAUGGAAAGAGUCGAUUAUGAAAAUGAAGCAAUCGCUAAAAAGGAACUUCUGCAAUCCAUGGUAGAUUCUAAUUACACUACCGAUAAAGAGCUGCUUCGAAAAAUCAUGCUCUUAGAUGACAGUGACUUAGUGGAUCCUCAGUUAGAAUCCAAAUUGUGGGAAUCCAGGCAGGAGGAACGCUUGAAGACUCAUAGAGAGAAACUCGUAGCAAAACAAUUGGAAUUGGAAGAAUAUGAGGCAAAAAAACUACUAAACAAGGAUAAAAGCAUUGAUAAGAAGAGCAAUGAAAAUAAAGCUUUCGAACUUAAAACCAGUUCAAAACCAAAAACGGAAUACCGUGACACUUCAGAUAAACGAUACAGGCCAGGACGUGUGAAGGACAUUGAAUUUAGCUCCAAAACAAUAGGCAACUUGCAAAAUGAAGAGAAUGAAUAUUCAAUAUUUUAA